CAAACAUGGUUGGUAAUAGCUGGUUGGUUUUGUCGUGUCCCAAUUUAAUUGGUUGGAUGUAUAAAGAUACAAACAAGAACCAUAUGCUCAUGUUACUCUUUCGAUUAAUUAAUCACACCCACGAAUCACUGUUCAUUAAUUGACCAACAAAGAAGCGGGAAGGUCAAUCGUUCCGCGUUCAACAAAACCUCACUCUUCAACAAUCUCUCACCUCUUCUUCUUCAACUCACUGAUCUCAGUCUCUUUCUACUCGCUCUGCAAAAAUGGGUAAUUAUAGAAUGUGUAUGUGCUUCAUUAGGAAGUUUAAAGUCGUAGAGGCCGGCCCCCCUCCGGAUGUCAAGGAUCACUUCAAGAAGUACACUGACGGCGCCACCCACAUGACGGCUGAGCAGCUCCGGAAUUUCUUGGUUGAUGUCCAGGCUGAUUCUAAUGCCUCCAUCGCUGAUGCUGAGAAGAUCAUCGAGCAGAUUUUGAACAAAAGGCAUCACAUUGCUAAGUUUACUAGGCACACUCUCACUCUUGAUGAUUUUCACCAUUACUUGUUUUCUGCAGAUCUCAAUCCCCCUAUUCGAGAAAACCAGGUUCACCAGGAUAUGACAAAACCAUUAUCCCACUAUUUCAUAUAUACUGGCCACAAUUCCUACCUAACUGGAAACCAACUUAGCAGCGAUUGCAGUGAUAUCCCAAUCAUAAAUGCAUUGAAGAGAGGUGUAAGAGUGAUAGAGCUUGAUAUAUGGCCAAAUUCCACCAAGGAUGAUAUACAUGUUCUACAUGGAAGGACUCUGACAACUCCGGUGGAAUUAAUUAGGUGCUUGACAUCCAUAAAAGAACAUGCCUUUUCUUUCUCUCCGUAUCCUGUCAUAAUAACUCUUGAAGACCACCUUACACCAUAUCUUCAAGCUAAAGCAGCGCAGAUUAUUAUCGAGACAUUUGAUGACAUGUUGUAUUAUCCUGAAUGUGAAUGCUUAGAAGAGUUCCCUUCUCCAGAAGAUUUGAAGCACCGCAUAAUCAUUUCAACCAAACCUCCCAAAAAGUAUCAUAAAUCUGAAAGUGUAAAGAUCAAGGGAAAUAAAUCUCAGAAGGAUAAGGAUUCUGAUGAUGAUGUGUGGGGAAAGGAGCCAAAAAAGUAUCAUAAAUCUGAAAGUGUAAAGAUCAAGGGAAAUAAAUCUCAGAAGGAUAAGGAUUCUGAUGAUGAUGUAUGGGGAAAGGAGCCAUCAGACCUUGGACCUGGUCAAGAAGAUAGUGACUCGAGUGAUAGUGAUUCAAGUGAAGCUAGUGAUGAUGAGUUAAACCAUGUAGGAGUAGAUGCAUACAAGCGUUUAAUUGCAAUUCAUGCUGGAAAGCCCAAGGGUGGGUUAAAGGAGGCACUAAAAGUUGAUCCCAAUAAAAUUAGACGCCUUAGUUUGAGUGAGAAAGCGCUUGAAAAGGCUACUGAAAAUCAUGGAAUGGAUGUAAUUAGGUUCACCCAGAAAAAUGUCUUGCGGGUGUAUCCUAAAGGCACUAGGUUUAACUCUUCCAACUAUAAGCCACUAAUUGCUUGGAUGCAUGGUGCUCAAAUGGUUGCAUUCAAUAUGCAGGGAUAUGGUAGAGCACUUUGGCUGAUGCAUGGGAUGUUUAGGGCCAAUGGAGGUUGUGGUUAUGUGGAGAAGCCUGAUUUUCUGAUGAACGUGGGUUCAAAUGGUGAAAUAUUCAAUCCUAAAGCCAAAUUGUCAGUAAAGAAAACAUUAAAGGUGAAAGUGUAUAUGGGAGAUGGAUGGCAUUUGGAUUUUAAACAGACACACUUCGAUUUGUAUUCCCCACCAGAUUUCUACACCAGGGUAGGCAUCGCAGGAGUGCCAGAUGAUGUGAAAAUGGAGAAAACUAAAAUAAAAGAGGACAAUUGGACACCUGUUUGGGGUGAAGAAUUUACAUUUCCAUUGACAGUUCCUGAAAUAGCUUUACUUCGAAUAGAAGUUCAUGAGUAUGAUAUGUCUGAGAAGGAUGAUUUUGCUGGCCAGAUUUGUUUCCCUGUUUCUGAAAUUAAACAAGGGAUACGAGCUGUCUCCCUUUUUGAUCGUAAAGGAAAGAAAUUGAACUCAGCAAGGCUUCUCAUGCGCUUUGAGUUUGUGUAAAUGAAUAUAUGUAGCCGGGUUGAAUACUUCCCCUAGUUUUGAUGUCCAUGCUUCUGCUGAGUAGUUUAUUUUUUGUCAAAUUUUUUCUAAAAUUUUCUGAGGAUCUCUUUUGAACCUAUCAUUAUAUAUUAUCACUUGUAAAGGAUUCUCCGUUU